AACACCAAACAAACAACAUUCUCACUACUAAUUAGCCACAUUCAAUUGUUGAGAGUGCUAAUAAUUCUUAACUUUGAAAAAAUGGCCAAGUUUGGUGCAUCCUCAAUUGCCCUUGUUCUCACAUUGAACAUUCUUUUUUUCACUAUGAUUAGUUCCACUAAUGUCCCAUGCCCAUCACCCCCACACCACAAACCCCACCCUACCCCUACCCCUACCCCCUCCACCCCAUCACCAAAGGGUGAGUGCCCAAAGGACACACUAAAACUAAAUGCUUGUGCCAAUUUGUUGGGUGACUUAUUGCAUCUUAUUAUUGGAAGUAGUCCAUCCAAGACUCAAUGUUGCUCUUUAAUUGAAGGACUUGUUGAUCUUGAUGCUGCUGUUUGCCUUUGCACUGCCCUUAAAGCCAAUUUGUUGGGAAUUAAUCUAAAUCUUCCACUUUCACUCAGCUUGUUGCUCAACAAUUGUGGCAAAUAUGCACCCAAGGACUUCCAAUGUGCAUAAAUCAUAUUGGUUUUCCAUUAUUUAGAUAUUUUCAAUUUUAUUUUUCCUUCUAUAUUUUGUGUGUUUAUUAUUUAUAUUAUAGUAAGAAAGCCUAGGCUUGUUAGCCUUUGUUUUCUAUUAGUAGUAUCCAAUUAUUUGUAUUUGUAAUAAAUUUGACAUCUAUUAAAUAAGGAAUUAUUAUUA